AUGGCUCAAUCAUUCUUAUCUGGUCUAAUACAUAUCCUUCUUCCUCUUGUGUUAUUUAAUGGAAGUUUAUUGCAAUUUUCUAUUGUUUCAUUUAUUUAUGGUUUUCUUCUACUUAUUCUUCCAUGGUUGGGUACAAUCAAUAGCAAAAAUAUUCAAACUCGUUUUCGUUCAUUCAUUCUUGUUAUUAGUCUGAUCAGUCUUCUCGCUAUUAUUGUUCAAAUAAUCUUUCAAUCAAUUCUUCUUGCAAAUAGACCUUAUAGUUAUAUGCUUAAUAAUUAUACUAAAAUUACUAAAAUUCUUCGAUAUUGUGGUUUAGAAUGUCAAUCAAAUGACUUUCAAACUUCAACAAUAUCGCAUACAACAAAUAUAUCAUCAUCAAAUAGUAGUACUACUAUAAUUAAUCGAAAUAAUCAUUGGUCACGAUUAUUAUCAGAAGUAAGACAUAUACGCCUGUUUAUUGAAUUUAUUAUUGUCGGUUUUACUGCAUUUGUCAAACCAAGUUUAAUUAAUUCUAUUUAUUUUAUUUUAUUUCUUAUUAUUGCUUUUAUGUGGUCAUUAUCUGUUGAAUUUGAAGUUUUACCAGCAUCAUUUUCGAGGAAUAUUACAGAUUUAAGAACAAUUGUAACAAGUAAUUGUACAGAGAAUGAAUCACAUGUUGUAACUAAUCUUGCAUGGAAUGAUUAUGUCAAUUCAUGUACACUUUGGCUUCUAUAUUUUUAUUUUGCUUUCGAACCAAAUCAAAGCCUUUUUCAACAAAAAGUACAAUCAAAUGCAACAACAAUACAAUCUAUUAAACGACGAGUAAGAAUGUCAUUAAAGGUCAUUUCUUUAUCUUAAGUGAUUAACCUAUCUCAUGUUGUGUAUGUAACUUAAUCAGAUAGAUUCUCGUCACAAUAUUGAUAAACAGGUUUGCUCAUAAUGUUUCACAUAUCUAUAUCAUUUAUGUAAACCAGUCCAUCCAUAUUGUUGUCCUUGUAUAUCACCAGCAAGAAUACCUUGUAAAGAAAGUAUUAAAUAUUCAUGUAAAUAACAAAAAUCAAAUUUUUCUUUAUUUAUUAAAUGAUUUUUUUUGAACAUAAUGAUGUUAAACGAAUUAAGUGAUGAAACAUUGUUGAUAAAUAUUCAUCAUAUAUCCAUUGACUAUUAUCAUCAUCUUCAUAUGGCCAAUAUGAUAAAAUUUUUUUAUUGAAUUUAUAUAGAUUUCCGAUGAUUGUUGUUCUUGUCGAAUAAUUAAAU